AUGACGAAACAGCAGCAGCACAUUGCGAUAUUUACCACGGCCAGUAUUCCGUGGCUGACGGGAACUGCUGUUAAUCCUCUCUUCCGUGCUGCCUAUCUUGCAAAAGACGGGGAAAGACGGGUCACUUUGGUGAUUCCCUGGCUGACUGUGAAACACCAACUGCUUGUCUACCCAAAUGGCAUCACUUUUAGUUCCCCAUCAGAGCAUGAAGCUUAUGUCCGUCAAUGGCUUGAGGAAAGAGUCUCGUUUCCUUUAGGCUUUGAGAUACGUUUCUAUCCAGGGAAGUUUGCUACAGACAAGAGAAGUAUUCUGCCUGUUGGGGAUAUAUCUGAUGUCAUUCCUGAUGAAGAGGCAGACAUUGCUGUCCUUGAGGAGCCGGAGCAUCUCACAUGGUUUCAUCAUGGCAAAAAAUGGAAAACGAAGUUCAAUUACGUUAUAGGGAUCAUACACACAAACUACUUGGAAUACGUAAAGAGAGAGAAACAAGGCCGUCUCAAAGCUUUUCUCCUCAAGUAUUUAAACAGUUGGGUUGUUGGCAUUUACUGCCACAAGGUAAUCAGAUUAUCUGCUGCGACUCAAGAAUACCCUAAAUCUAUAGUCUGCAACGUUCACGGCGUCAACCCUAAGUUUCUCGAGAUUGGUUUGAGAAAACUAGAGCAGCAGAAGCUCCAUGAGCAGCCCUUCACUAAAGGCGCAUACUACAUUGGUAAGAUGGUCUGGAGCAAAGGUUAUAAGGAGCUUCUUAAACUACUUCAGAAACACCAAAAGGAACUCGCUGAGUUAGAGGUUGAUUUAUACGGUAGUGGGGAGGACUCCGAAGAGAUCAAAGAAGCAGCCCGAAAACUCAACCUGACAGUUAAUGUUUACCCAGGACGUGAUCAUGCUGACUCACUAUUUCACGACUAUAAAGCGUUUCUCAACCCGAGCACGACGGAUGUGGUCUGCACAACAACUGCAGAAGCAUUGGCAAUGGGAAAAAACGUAGUAUGCGCUAAUCACACAUCAAACGAGUUCUUCAAACAGUUUCCCAACUGCAGAAUCUACGACGAUGGCAAUGGUUUUGUUAGAGCCACCCUCAAGGCUCUCAGCGAACAACCAUCGCAACUAACAGAGCAACAGAGGCAUGAACUAUCAUGGGAAGCUGCUACGCAGCGGUUUAUAAAAGCCUCUGAUCUAAACCGGUUAUCAAGAGCUGAUUCAAACUUAUCAAAGAGAAGUGCCUUUGCGUCUUCGUCUAUUAGCGUAGGGAAAAACUUGGAAGAUAUGUCUGCAUAUAUCCAUUUCUUGGCGUCUGGAUUUGAAGCUUCAAGAACAGCUUUUGGAGCAAUCCCUAGAAGCUUGCAGCCAGAUGAAGAGUUGUGCAGAGAUCUUGGCUUGACUCUCAAGACUCCUUCCCGGAAUAGUCUCAAGGAAGAUUGA